CGCAGAUCGAAUGCGACAAGCAGUGUGUGUGCGCAUAAGCCACCACCAUGGAGUUUGAUAAGAGUUGUCCAGUUUUAAGAGAAUAUGGAAACGAGCAGAGUUUAUUGUCCAGACCUGACGGAUCUUCCACGUUUGUUCAAGGGGAUACAAAUAUCCUGGCGGGAGUUUAUGGACCAGCUGAGGUGAAAGUGAGCAAGGAAAUCUAUGACCGUGCGACAGUGGAGGUUCUUAUCCAGCCUAAAACGGGGCUUCCAAGUGUUCGAGAGCGUGCUAGAGAACAGUGUGUACGAGAGACGUGUGAGGCAGCUCUUCUGUUGACUCUUCAUCCCCGGUCUUCUCUCACUUUGAUCCUGCAGGUCAUCCAUGAUGAUGGUUCUCUGUUGUCGUGCUGUCUGAAUGCUGCUUGUAUGGCUCUGAUGGAUGCCGGGCUGCCCAUGAGCUGCCUUUUUUGUGGCGUGACCUGUGCCAUUACCAAAGAGGGUCAGAUAAUCACAGAUCCAACGACUCGACAGGAGAAGGAAAGUCGAGCGUUGUUAACAUUUGCUAUUGAUAGCGUCCAACGCAAUGUUUUGAUGUCAACAACGACAGGUUCAUUUUCAAUAAAAGAGCUGCAGCAGUGCAUAGCGAUCAGUCAAAAAGCUUCGGAACAGAUCUUCCAGUUUUACAGAGAUUCUGUCAAACGGCGGUAUUCAAAGAUAAAAUAAAACAUGCUUAUAACUUUGA